AUGGGUGGAGAGCAAGAGACGUAUAGGAGCUACGUAAGGGGUAAGCGAAUAUCUUUUGAUGCUGACACAUUGAACAACUUUCUAGGCACAGACUGGGAUGAAGAGCAGUGUCAGUAUGCACUUUCCAUGGCGGAAGGAGUGGACUUUGAUGACGUGGAGCGGGAGGACUUUGCAGCCCGAAUGACAUGGCCUGCUGAUCCAACACAGGAGGGUGGUGGAGCUAGAGCAGCUAAAGCUUUAGCCAUGGAGGAGGACGCUGAAGAUGAAGAUGAAGAGGAAGAGGAAGUUGAAGAUGAAGAGGAUUCUGAUGAUUAUGAUUGA